CGAGAGUAAGCGGAACUUCGCGAAAGUGGCCGCAACAGCCCGCGUAUCGCUCGCGUUCGGCUUAGUGCGCCACCAGGCUGAUUAUUGCUGGACGUAGUUGAACAUCGGUGGAAGUUGGCGAGUGGCCGAGUGCAUCGACCUCAGCCCACCACGAGCCAUUCGAAUUGCCGGGGCGCGCGCGCGAAAGAGAGCCGAACAGCAUCAGCCAGCCGUCGUCUCGUCCAAGUAUGGCGAUGGACAAGAUGGAUCUGGAGAAGUGGAAGCAGAUAUCCGUGAGGGGUAUCGUCGACGUCGAGAACGUCGUCAACUUCAAGAAGACCUUCAACAGACAUCUCCACUACACGCUCGUUAAGGACCGGAAUGUUGCGACACCGCGUGAUUACUACAUGGCACUAGCUCACAGUGUCAAGGAUAAUUUGGUCUCCAGGUGGAUACGCACGCAACAGUAUUACUACGAGAACGAUCCCAAGAGAUGUUAUUAUCUUUCUCUCGAGUAUUAUAUGGGAAGAACUUUACAGAAUACGAUGAUAAAUUUGGGCAUUCUGGGCGCAUGCGAUGAAGCUAUGUAUCAAAUGGGUAUGCUGAUAGAGGACUUGGAGGAGCUGGAGGAGGAUGCCGGGCUUGGUAACGGCGGUCUUGGGCGCCUCGCCGCUUGCUUCUUGGAUAGUAUGGCGACUCUGGGCCUUGCGGCCUACGGCUACGGCAUACGCUACGAGUACGGCAUCUUCACCCAGAAGAUCAAGAACGGUGAGCAGGUCGAGGAGCCCGACGAUUGGCUCAGGUACGGUAAUCCCUGGGAAAAGGCCAGGCCCGAGUACAUGCUGCCCAUUAAUUUCUAUGGACAUGUUAUCGAUACACCGGAGGGUAAGAAGUGGGUUAACACGCAGGUCGUGUUUGCCAUGCCCUACGACAAUCCCAUACCGGGGUAUAAGAACAAUGUCGUUAAUACUCUGAGGUUGUGGUCAGCAAAGUCGCCAGUCGAGUUUAAUUUGAAAUUUUUCAACGAUGGCGAUUAUAUUCAAGCUGUGAUUGAUAGAAAUCUCGCCGAAAAUAUCUCAAGAGUACUCUAUCCCAACGACAAUUUUUUCGAGGGAAAGGAAUUACGUUUGAAGCAGGAAUACUUUAUGGUUGCAGCUACUCUCCAAGAUAUCAUUCGUCGCUAUAAAUCUAGCAAAUUUGGUUCGCGCGAACAUCACAGAACGGAUUUCGACUCUUUUCCAAAUAAAGUGGCCAUACAACUGAACGAUACCCACCCGUCGCUCGCGAUUCCCGAACUUAUGAGAAUACUUCUUGAUAUCGAGGGUCUUCCUUGGGAAAAGGCUUGGGAUAUCACAGUUCGCACUUGCGCAUAUACAAAUCACACUGUAUUGCCAGAGGCUUUGGAGCGAUGGCCAACAAGUAUGCUGAACAGCAUUCUCCCAAGACAUCUUGAAAUCAUUUAUCAUAUUAAUUUUCUACAUCUUAAGGAAGUUGAAGCUAAAUUCACGGGCGAUCUCGAUCGUCUGCGGCGUAUGUCUCUCAUAGAAGAGGAGGGCGAAAAGAGAGUGAAUAUGGCGCACUUGUCUAUCGUCGGCAGUCACGCUAUUAACGGUGUCGCUAAAAUUCAUUCGGAAAUAUUGAAAAACACUGUAUUUCGUGAUUUUUACGAACUUACGCCGGAGAAAUUUCAAAAUAAAACCAAUGGUAUAACGCCCAGAAGAUGGCUAUUGCUAUGUAAUCCAAGCCUCUCCGAUGCAAUUGAAAAGAAAAUUGGAACUGAUUGGACUACGCAUUUAGAGCAGCUUAUACAGCUGAAAGAGUGGGCCAAGGACAUUAUGUUCCAGCAGGCUGUUAAUCAAGUUAAACAGGAAAAUAAGAUGAAGUUGGCGAAAAUUCUCGAGCAUGAUUAUGGCAUUAAAGUAAAUCUCUCGUCGAUCUUCGAUAUCCAUGUCAAACGAAUUCACGAAUACAAGCGGCAAUUACUCAAGUGCCUGCACGUAAUCACACUGUACAAUCGUAUUAAAAGUAAUCCAAAUGCUUACAUAGUUCCACGAACGGUAAUGAUAGGCGGUAAGGCCGCUCCCGGCUAUCACCUCGCCAAGAAAAUUAUUAAACUUAUAUGUAGUGUGGCGAAUGUUGUUAACAACGAUCCGAUAGUCGGAGAUUCCUUGAAGCUGAUUUUCUUGGAGAACUAUAGAGUCUCUUUGGCUGAAAAGAUUAUUCCUGCCGCUGAUCUAAGUGAGCAAAUUUCAACCGCUGGUACCGAGGCUUCGGGUACUGGUAACAUGAAAUUCAUGUUGAACGGCGCAUUGACGAUUGGCACCCUCGAUGGAGCGAACGUCGAAAUGGCCGAGGAAAUGGGCGAGGAAAAUAUAUUCAUUUUUGGUAUGAGCGUAAACGAGGUGGAAAAUUUGAAGAAACAAGGAUAUAAUGCCUAUGAUUAUUACAAUAGUCUACCAGAGGCGAAAAAGUGCAUCGAUCAAAUUCGGGGAGGAUUCUUUAGUCCUAAUAAUCCAAACGAGUUCCAAGAUAUCGUCGAUGUUUUACUUAAAUUUGACAGAUUCUUUCUACUGGCUGAUUUCGAAAGCUACAUUAAAUGCCAAGAUAUUGUAUCGGAAACCUUUAUAAAUGGACCAAAAUGGAUGGAAAUGAUUAUUAAUAACAUCGCCUCAUCGGGUAAAUUUUCUUCGGAUCGAACAAUCGCCGAAUAUGCUCGAGAUAUUUGGGGUGUCGAUCCUAAUUGGCAAAAGCUUCCCGAUCCUCAUGAGCCUCGUGACAUUUAAAUAAUUUAAAUAAUUAUCGUAUAAUGAAAUGUCCUAUUUCAUUGAUUAAUAUGCAUUGGAAAUCGAA